CCUAAAUGGAUGACCUUAUUUGACCUCUUUAAUACUAAAAGGUGCUUCUGUUGACGAAGACAUGGCUCCUCGUAAAGGCAAGGUACAAAAGGAAGAGGUCCAAGUUCAGCUUGGACCUCAGGUUCCCGAAGGAGAGAACGUGUUCGGCGUGGCACACAUCUUCGCCUCUUUCAACGACACCUUCGUGCAUGUGACAGAUCUCUCUGGAAGGGAAACCAUCUCUCGUGUGACCGGUGGAAUGAAGGUCAAGGCCGAUCGUGACGAGGCUUCUCCGUACGCCGCCAUGUUGGCUGCCCAGGACGUCGCAGCUCGCUGCAAGGAGCUGGGCAUCACUGCUCUGCACAUCAAACUGAGGGCAACAGGUGGAAACAAGACCAAGACACCAGGACCAGGAGCCCAGUCAGCACUCAGGGCUCUGGCUCGCUCUGGCAUGAAGAUUGGCCGCAUCGAGGAUGUGACACCAAUUCCGUCUGACAGCACACGGAGAAAGGGAGGUCGCAGAGGUCGCCGUCUGUAGAGGGCGCUGUUGUCAGUGGCAGCAAAAGUACUGUACAAAGCAAGUGUUAUGUUCUGUAAGCUUGGUCAAUAAACCAUACAGAGGACAGUA